UCCAGGGGCGUAACUACUAUUAGGCAAGGGGAGGCAGCUGCCUGGGGGCCCCCACGCCUCGAGGGCCCCCCCAGAGACUUGACAGAAGAGGAGGAGAAGAAAAAGGAUAGCCAAAAACUGGAUUCCUUGCAUAUGAAGCGAUGUCUUCUUGCAGCUUAUUGCAAGUUAAUCAUCUAUAAUGUUGUUGACAUGACUGCAGCUGCUGAAAUCUAUAAGCAUUAUAUGAAGGCCUAUAAUGACUUUGGAGACAUAAUUAAAGAAACCUUGAGCCGAACGAGGCACAGCGACAAAAUUCAAAGUGCAAAGAUGCUGAUCCUCUGUUUGCAGCAGCUGUUUCAGAAGCAUAUUGAAAGCCUGGAUGAGAACAGCAGCAGCAGCAGCAGCAUGGAUGCCUCCUCUGCUUCCUUCAACAACAUUAAAGAGCUUGCCAGGCGCUUUUCAUUGACUUUUGGCUGGGACCAGGUGAAAAGCCGCGAAUCAGUAGCCAUGAUACACAAAGAAGGUAUCGAAUUUGCUUGUCAAGGAGCAGCUGGAAUGGAAGGGAAGUGCCUGCCCCCCAACCUAAACUUUCUGAUCAUCCUCAGUGAAUUCUCUAAUAAGCUUCUCAAACCUGACAAAAGACUUGUAUAUAGUUAUUUGCUGAGGUAUAUACCGGAGGCAGCAUUUAGUAGUGGAGAUUCCUGGUACUCACUAAGUUGGUACAGAAGCUCUUUGCUAGCCAGUGAAGAUGAGGAGAGUUCCGCUAUCAGCAGCUUAAAUGAGUGGCCACCCAUGAGAAUUGCUAGGACACCUUCUUUUAAAAGAAAACUAUCGGAAGGUUCCUUGUCCAAAUGCAGUCACAUCGAUACACCAAACAGAACUUCAGAUAUCCUAUCCCAUGUCCCUUCCUUGGCACUGAGAAGCAGAAAAAGGCUAAAGUCUCAUGACAGUUACCACCAAGAAUAUCCACCAUUACUUGGUCCAGCAAAUAUAAAGAGAAAACACAGUGGCCGUGAUGUGAUCAAGAAAGAAGACACUGUAGAGAUUCCAACGGAAGACACGGAUGUUGAUGUUGUUGGUGCUGACCAGGAAACCUGAGGAGCAAAUGGACACCCUCUGCUUUAUCACAUGAAUGAAGAACACAGAAAGGUGCAACAAGUUAUAUGCAGAUACCAAGUCAUGCUGGCAGCUAACUUGGCAGUAAGACCCAUGUCUAACUGGUAGAGACAAGUGAAAAAUGAGAUUUUUCAUCCAUUGUUGUUACAUGUUUCCUGCAUUGUGUGGUCAGAACACCAUCCUUUUGGGUCUCCUCCCCCCCACAGCUUGAUUUUCAUGUUUGAUUUAUAAAAGCUGUUCUGUCUAGAAUUUAAAUACCAGACUGGUUUAAACAGGGUAACAAAUCUGACACAGUAGCAGAUCAGUAUUUUAUGAAGAAGAGUUGGGCCCAUAGCAAAUAUAAAGUAAACUCUUUGUAGGACUCUUAAGCGGAUUUCUGUUAGUCUUGGUUCAAUAAGAGGGGGGAAGAGAUGUAGAACAUUUGUGUACAUGAAAAACCCUCAAUAACCUAUUAGAAUACAUAUUUUCUAUGUUAUUGCAAUAUGCUUCCUUACGUAUCAUGGCAGUUAGUGUUGAUGUCAGAGUGGGAAUUUGCUAUUAGUGACCCUAUCAUUACAAAGCUUGUAAAACAGCUACUUGAUUUCAUACUUUUCUAUUCAGAUGUUUGCAAAAUAAAAUGAGCAGCUUGAAACUCA